AUGGCGGGCCUUCGAUACUUAAGCACUGCGGACGAAGCACUGGCACAUGACUAUUAUUGGGUGGACGAGUUUCGGAAUGAAAUUGUGCCAGUGAGCGUGUACCGCAACCUCGAUUUUCGGGGCCUAGCACAGCUGCACGUCAGCGACGAUUGGAGGCGCGUACCAAAGGCGUAUACAGCCCUGAAACAAGUAAGACCAGACACAACGCCUGUGGGGCCGCAGCAGACCAAGUUCAGAGAAGUUGAUACUCAUGAGGACAGCCCGUGGAAGCACGACACACAUGCAACCAUCACCGAUUUCAGCAGGUGGCUCGACACAACUGGAACGGAGAGGCAUGUGGACCAACAUCGAUUCCGGGAUAUCUUUGGGGAAGACGGGGAUGACUGGAAGCGUGUGAAUGCGGGCCAGAGCGCGAUGGCUGGGCUCGGAGUUGACACGACGCGUGCUGGGCAGAGUGUACACGAGCACGACCACCGCGGGCUUGAGCACAUGGAUGAUGACUGGAAGCGUGUGAAUGCGGGCCAGAGCGCGAUGGCUGGGCUCGGGGUUGACACGACGCGUGCUGGGCAGAGUGUACACGAGCACGACCACCGCGGGCUUGAGCACAUGGAUGAUGACUGGAAGCGUGUGAAUGCGGGCCAGAGCGCGAUGGCUGGGCUCGGGGUUGACACGACGCGUGCUGGGCAGAGUGUACACGAGCACGACCACGGCGGGCUUGAGCACAUGGAUGAUGACUGGAAGCGUGUGAAUGCGGGCCAGAGCGCGAUGGCUGGGCUCGGGGUUGACACGACGCGUGCUGGGCAGAGUGUACACGAGCACGACCACCGCGGGCUUGAGCACAUGGAUGAUGACUGGAAGCGUGUGAAUGCGGGCCAGAGCGCGAUGGCUGGGCUCGGGGUUGACACGACGCGUGCUGGGCAGAGUGCUGUUGAUGCGAGCGAUGACUGGAAGCGUGUGAAUGCGGGCCAGAGCGCGAUGGCUGGGCUCGGGGUUGACACGACGCGUGCUGGGCAGAGCGCGCAUCACCAUGACCACCGCGGUCUUGAGGCUGUUGAUGCGAGCGAUGACUGGAAGCGUGUGAAUGCGGGCCAGAGCGCGAUGGCUGGAUUGGAUUACGACACCGUUCCUAUUGCCGGCGCGUUUGCUGCUGGCUCUGUGACGCACAAUGACACAUUGUGGCUUGAUGCGAUUCCUCUACUUCACGACACUCCAUUCGAGUUUCGGCCCGCGUCACAACCCUUCCAUGCCGGCACGUACAACGCGACCCACGUGCCACCUCUCGACACCACUCCUUACGGCGCCCCAGCGCUGCACCGAUUCCGAGAUGAGGCGGAUGCCGUGUGGCGACCCGCGUUGAAUGCCCAUGACGCCAUCAAACCGUUGGACAUUGACACGACCCUGACACCCGACGAAGUUGUGUUUCGUGAGCUUGAGCGGAUUGGCUUCAAGGACAACUGGAACCCGUCCACGCGUGUUGUUCGGUCUGCCUCACCGCGUGUAUUGGAGCCACUGCCCCAACACCCGAGCACGAUUGAAUACCGCCCUGAAGAGCCCGCUGCCGCUGCUGGUGCUGAUCGUCGUCCGCGGUUCAGCGUUGGUCGAGUGCCCUCGCCGCCACCCGCUGUCGACACGAGACCGCUGCUGCGCCACGCAUCGACGCACUCGUUCCGGGAUGUGUCGACUCCUGAUAGUCGACGUGGCAGCACAACGCCUGUACGAAGUGCGUCGGCGAUGGCCGGCACUGCGCCACCGCCGCACACACCGUCGCCCUCACUGCACGCCAGCUUUGCGGAGCGAGACUUCUUCUGGGACUACGCUGGCGCCAACUUUGGGAAGUCGCUCAAGAGCGCACGAUCUCGCCCGCUUUCGCGACAACCGUCGAACGUUGGCUUUGCGCCCAUGACGGAGGAGCCGCUGUUCGAAGUGUUGCAGCGGUUCCAGUUCAGAGAUGACGCCACGCCACAGCGGCAGCGGCAGCGGCAGCAGCAGCGCGAGCGAUGGAACACGUCCACACGCGUACCGGAGCCGCAGUACAACACGUCGAUCAUGUCUGACCAGGCGGAGAGUCCUCGGCCAAGCCGGCGCGCGUCACUUGACAUGAGGGUUCGGGAGCAGCAGGAGCACCAGCACCAGCACCGGCGGCGGCAGUGGCGCUACUCGCUGCGCACCGAUGAUUUGUUUUCGCGGAGCAUUGAACCGCUUGACCCGUUGCCCUCGGAGGUGCAGCCUGACCAAGUGUUCUUCGAGCAAUUGCGGCGGUCGUCCAUGUCCACGCCAACGAAACGGCCCCGCGCACUUCGAAAGACUGCGUCAGAUGUGCAAUUGCGCCCAUUUUCACCGCGCUCGCGACGCGCCACGAUUGCCGUGCAGGCACCCAUCUCUGAAAUGCCAGAGACAGAUGACGAUCAUACACUUGCCGGCGCAGGUGACAUGCCGAGGCGCCCUGAGGACAGGGAGCGCCCAAGAACCAGCACGACGCAUGGCACUCGCGGUGGCGGCGGUGGUGCAAGGACGCCGAUGUGGCGCACGCCUGUGCUUGCGAACACAUGGGAGCACGAUGCGCAGGAGUCGCUUGAGCGGGUGAUUGCGGACCGGCGGCGGGCGCGAAUGCAGCGGCGCGAAGAGCUGGAGCGGCGACGACAGAGGCGACGCGAACUGCAGGGGGACGUGCACACAAGUGGUGAUGAUGGCAUCGUUGGCGCCAACGGCCAUCGUGACGGUGAUGGUGAUGGUGAUGGUGACGGUGGGGCGUCGCGUAGUCUGGGACGCCAAGCAAAGCCGAAGUUGACGGCAAAUGCGCUGGAGCGGUUGGCGAAACUCCGCGAUUUGAUGGAGCGCCAGCAAUUUUAG